CAUGAGAUUGGAAGAAGAGCUGGAUGUAAUGUUAUAUUUUGGUUGCUCAAAGCAAAGGAUGGAGCUCCCUAAAAAACCUGGAAAGGUUUCCAAAGUUGUACAGCUUAUGAAGAAUUUGCACUUGUUGUUUGGCAAUGGAAAGCUAAAUAAGUCUGCCAAGAAGCUCAUUGAGCUUAUUUAUGUGAUUAAGGAUCACGAGGAUCCAGAGACAGUUUGUAGCCGACGACAAGGUAAAGGUAUUCCUUUGUUAUGUCUGGAUAAGACAUCAGCCUACCUCGUCUGCCAAGGUACCCUUAUUUUCACAGUGGAACUAAGGAAUAUAAUGCAAGCAGUCCUGGCAUUAAUCGGAUUAUUUUAUCUUAUUGAUGUGGACUAUCCAAAAUCCCAUGAGCUAGGUCUAACUAUGCUCCACAGCUUAUUAUUUCACGAUAUGAACACCCCUGCAGACCUGUAUAACUCAUUUGAGUCUGCCAAAGAGGAUUACUUGAAGUUCAAGCAGAACUCAUCUGACGAUUUUUAAACUUUAAUGCAAUGUGUGAUAGGUUAAUAUACAUUGUCAAGAAAUAGAGGGCUUAAGCUUCGCAUUUGAAGACAGGCUGAGUUGAUUUUUUGCAUAAAAUUUGGGCAUCAUUUCUUCGCUUUUUAUUUUCAUUCCGGCGGCCUCAAACAAAUUA